CCACAUUCCACUUUGUUCGCUGUCGUGGGGCCCCGAACACCGCCCGACGUCGCCGCCAGCUCAAUCCGCAAAUCUACCCCGCCAUGCUAAAGAAGGUCUCCAGCUCAGCAUCGAAUUGCAACGAAGGAGCCGCCAAUCCCGGGCGGUCAGGAGAUGGACUGGCGAUGAUGUAUUCCAUCCUCCCGUCAGGGGCAAUGAAUGUUCUUCGCUACAAAAUAGACCUCUCCGGAUCCUCCCUCUCCGCAAUCUGGCAAAGGCCCAUCCCGGACCUGUUGUAAUUACCGUCAUCAUUCCCGCGUUGUGACUGGCCUGGAUUUGUUUUUUCUGUUGUUCCGCUUCCGUCCCUUUUUUCGACUUCUUGCGGCAUCUUUUUCCACUUCUUUUCUUCUUCUUCUUCUUCUCUCCUCCAGCUCCUCCUGCUCCUCCUCCUUGACUUCCUUCGCGAUCCUUUUAUUUCUGUGUCGUCAAGGAAUCCUCAUCUUCCUCAUCUUCCCUUCUUCCCUCUCUCCCUCUCCACUCUACACUCUCUACUAAUCACACCACAUCACCAACCAUGGCGUCGCCCAUUGCCUCGGCGGCCCUCAGGGCCCGCGUCAAGCGCCCUUCCAUGCUCAAGAAGCUCUGCAACCCCGAGGACAUGCUCCAGCACUUCCCCAAUGGCGCAUACAUCGGCUGGUCCGGUUUCACCGGCGUCGGCUACCCCAAGAAGGUCCCUACUAUGCUCGCUGACCACGUCGAGAAGAACGGCCUCCAGGGCCAGCUCAAGUACAGCCUCUUCGUCGGUGCCUCCGCCGGCGCCGAGACCGAGAACCGCUGGGCUGCUCUCGACAUGAUCGCCCGUCGCGCUCCUCACCAGGUCGGCAAGAACAUUGCCAAGGGCAUCAACGAGGGCCGCAUCAACUUCUUCGACAAGCACUUGUCCAUGUUCCCCGUUGACCUUGUCUACGGCUACUACACCAAGGACCGCCAGAACAAGAACCUCGAUGUCGUUUGCGUUGAAGCUACCGAGAUCAAGGAGGACGGUUCCAUCGUCCUCGGUGCCUCGGUCGGUGCCACCCCCGAGCUCAUCCAGAUGGCCGACAAGGUCAUCAUUGAGGUCAACACGGCCAUCCCCAGCUUCGACGGUCUCCACGACAUCACCUUCUCCGACCUCCCUCCCAACCGCAAGCCCUACCUCAUCCAGCAGUGCAGGGACCGCAUCGGUACUACUUCGGUCCCCGUCGACCCCGAGAAGGUUGUCGGUAUCAUCGAGUGCACCACCCCCGAUCAGACCCUCCCCAACUCCCCCGCCGACGAAACGGCUACGGCCAUUGCCGGCCACCUGAUUGAGUUCUUCGAGCACGAGGUCGCCCACGGCCGUCUGCCCAAGAACCUUCUCCCUCUGCAGUCCGGUAUCGGCAACAUCGCCAACGCCGUCAUUGGUGGUCUCGAGACCUCCAACUUCAAGAACCUCAACGUCUGGACUGAGGUUAUCCAGGAUACCUUCCUCGACCUCUUCGACUCCGGCAAGCUUGACUUUGCUACCGCCACCUCGAUCCGCUUCUCGCCCACCGGCUUCGAGCGCUUCUACAAGAACUGGGACAACUACUAUGACAAGCUCCUCCUCCGCUCUCAGUCCGUCUCCAACGCUCCCGAGAUCAUCCGCCGUCUCGGUGUUAUCGGCAUGAACACCCCCGUCGAAGUCGACAUCUACGCCCACGCCAACUCCACCAACGUCAUGGGCUCCCGCAUGCUCAACGGUCUCGGUGGUUCCGCCGAUUUCCUCCGCAACUCCAAGUACUCCAUCAUGCACACCCCCUCCACCCGUCCCUCCAAGACCGACGCCCACGGUGUUUCGUGCAUUGUCCCCAUGUGCACCCACGUCGACCAGACCGAGCACGAUCUCGACGUCAUCGUUACCGAGAACGGUCUCGCCGAUGUCCGCGGCCUCAGCCCCCGCGAGCGUGCCCGCGUCAUCAUUGACAAGUGCGCCCACGACGUCUACAAGCCCAUCCUCAAGGCCUACUUUGAGAAGGCCGAGUUCGAGUGCCUUCGCAAGGGUAUGGGCCACGAGCCCCACCUUCUCUUCAACUCUUUCGACAUGCACAAGGCUCUUGUCGAGGAGGGCUCCAUGGCCAAGGUCAAGUUCUAAAUGCUUGGCUAGAGUCAGAGAGUGUAUAUCUCGGUGGGGAAGAGAUAAUGAGAAAACCAGAGAGGAUCAACAGUUGAUCUUUGAAUAAAACAAAGAGAACUGUCUAAACAAACAAACGUGGUAUGGGGGAAAUGCAUUGGUUAGGUGUUCAUUCUUUCCGGUUCACGUAUAUAUCUUUAUUGGAAGGGGAAGAGAGAGAGAGAGAGAUCGAAGAGAGGAGUGGAUCAGGAUACCUGGCCUAUGUUGAGCGAUAGGUCGCAUUUCUGUUUUUUUAUAUUGUCAUACUUGUUUUGUAUAUGGGAUCGGACGGGGGGCUAUGAUUGGCUUUGUCUCUCUAUGGUCUCUUAGAUCAAGGGCGUUUUGUGUGGACGUCGUUUGUAUAUAUACCUAUACACAUACAUACAUGCAUUCAUACAAAUCUUGGACUGUGGUGCAAAA